AUGGACUUCGAUGACUUUGAGAUUAGCCAAGAAGACCUGUCUCGAAUAGAUAAUAUAGAAAUUACUCUCCUUAACCAAAGCUUUCAAAUAAGCUCUGAUGAAGACGAUAACAUUCAACUUUUGCGACCAAGACUGCGUCGAAUCAUCUUAUCAGAUAGUGAGUCAAUAGAAACUGAAAUUAAUCGUGCCAUUCAAGAUUUAGCGGAGAGUUCGCCACCCUCAACAUGGACCGAUCCCAAAGGUAAUCAACGCCAAUUGAUAGCUUUUACCGAAAUUCCUGGUGCGCCGUUGCACAUACGCAGGCUUAUGACUAACAAAUCCCCAGCAGAAUUUUAUGCGCUUUUGGUAACGGAUGAUGUUUUUAAUGAAAUAGUAAAAAACACUAAUAACUUUGCAAUUGCUAAAAUAGUUAACUCACAUGAAGCUACAAAAUGUGCACGCAUUCGGAACUGGGCACCUACUAACCUUGUGGAAAUAAAAAAAUUCUUUGGUUUGGUUUUGUUUAUGGGCUUGGUGAAAUUACCUAAAAUAUCAGACUACUGGUCCAAAGAUGUAAUUAUGGGACAAAAUUUCCCAAGAACCGUUAUGUCUCGUAAUCGGUUUGAAAUAUUGCUUCAAAUGCUACAUUUUUCAGAACAAGAUGAGGAGAACAAAGCUGAUCGAUUACACCGGGUAAGAAAUUUAUUGAAUGUAAUAAAUCACAAUUUUAAGGAAAACUACAUCCCUGGUGAGGAUUUAUGUAUCGACGAGAGUGUUGUGCCUUUUCGAGGACGCAUAAUCUUUCGUCAGUAUAACAAACAAAAGCGUCAUAAAUAUGGAGUAAAACUAUUUAAAUUAUGUACAUUGCCAGGUUACACCUAUAAAAUUAAUAUUUAUGCUGGUAAACAGAAUGACGAAAUUAACACUACACCUACAAAUGUAGUUAUGGAACUAUGUAAUGACUUGCUCGACAAAGGACACACUCUAUUCACAGAUAAUUGGUACACAAAUAUCGAAUUGGCAAGAAAGCUAUUAAAUAGAGAGACACAUCUUGUUGGAACAUUGAGGAAAAACAGGAAAUAUUUUCCUAAAACAGUCGUUUCUACAAAGUUGAAAAAGGGGCAAUUUAUAGCUAAAGAAAGUGCUGAUGGAAUAACAGUGAUGCGAUGGAAGGAUAAACGAGAUGUGUUAAUUUUGUCCACAAAACACUCGACGCGUUUUGUGAGAGUGGUAAAACGUAACAAAGUUAUCUUGAAACCUGCAAUUAUUGUCGACUAUAAUAAAGCUAAAGGUGCCGUUGAUUUGUCUGAUCAAAUGUCAGCGUACCAAACACCACUUAGGAAAACUGUGAAGUGGUAUAAAAAAGUGGCCAUGGACUUAAUCUUGAAUGUAGCUGUUGUAAACGCACUCACUCUUUACAAAAGUGUAACAAAGAAGAACAUUCCUAUUGUAGAUUUUAGAAAAGAAAUUAUGAUAGAUUUCCUAACAAAAGGCAUAACGUCCGAACCUUCUCCAUCGAAACCGAAGAGAGCUAAACAUGAACUGGCGAAAAAAGAAGGAUCAUCUAAAGUCGUUCGACGGCAAUGCCAACAAUGUUAUAAGCAGAACGUAGCCACCCUGGGACGCUUAGGAGCUAGGAAUAAGACAAAGAAAGUCACUACUUUUUGUAAAACAUGUCCAAAUGAACCUUUUUUAUGUCCCGAAUGUUUUAUUAAAAUACACUAA